GGGAUUGGGAUUUUAACCUGAACCCAUGUGAUAAUAAUUCAAAUUGGGCAACACCGACAAACCAGACCGAGAGCUCUCUUUAUAAGAACACUGUUGAGUGUAACUGCUCCUACCCUGGGGAUGUUUGUCAUGUCAUUGCAAUGGUGUGAACUCUUCAAGGACAGGAUCUUGAUGGUGUUCUUCCACCAUCCCUAGCAAAGUUACCUUACAUCAAAACAAUUGACUUGGCUCGUAAUUACCUAAGUGGCACCAUACCGAAUGAAUGGGCUUUAGCCAAGCUGGAAUUCCUGUCUGUAUGUGUGAAUCGCUUGUCUGGAACGAUUCCAACAUAUUUGGGAAACAUAACGUCACUUGUAUAUUUGUAUGCUCUCUUAUACUCUCUACAUCUCACACACAAAAAAUACAUGCAUACGCACUUUUGUGGAUAGUAUCUCUGUAACACUCUAGGCCAAUUCCCUAUUGUCCGUAGACAAGAGAGAUGUUGGAUUCUUAAUAUGCCCCCGCCCUCCCCCCCCCUCUCAAAUAUUACCAAAACGUUUUGAGCUAAUUGGUUGCUGAGAAAAUAAAAACUUCACAAUUUAGCGUGCUUGAGUGGUAGUAGUACUAGUAUGGGUGACCCCCUAUGAAGUCUCCACUAGGGCAACCACAAACAUAUACAUCCCGAGCUCCUAUUGGGAAUAAUACACAAUACUAAUAUUACGAGAGGUCAGAUGUUAGAAAGGGUAUCAAAUCCAAUCAUGUGUUGUUCGGGAUGGUGUGACAACAUCAUUAAGAAUGAUAAGUCCCUACGGUUGUUCAAAGGAGAAUCUCAUAUCCUUAAUUGGGAUGGUGGGACACACCUCAUCAAGGACGAUAAGUCCAUAUGGAGGAAGGGGUUAUUGUAACACCAGAAACAAAUCAAACAUCGUUAACCGGAGACAUCUUGUGUUCUUAAAACAUGUCCCUGCACAAAUAUGACCAACUUCUUUUGGGUGCAUUGGCUAUGAAGAAUAUGGAAACUUCAUGUUUAAGUGUUCUGGUGUGGACACAUCAAACGAUAUUGGUGGUAUGAGAGGCCGGAUAUUACAACUUCAAUGAGUUACGAGUAAUUCAAUAUAUAGUCACUAAAAUCUACCUAAAAAAUGCUACCGAAGUCAUCAUCAUUUACUCUUUUGCUAUAAGUUAGUAUAUUUUUUUAUGCAAUUGUGUUAAAUGGAUAAAUGAAUACCAGGAGUCUGGAGAGUAACAUGUUCUCUGGGAUAGUUCCAGCUGAGCUUGGAAAACUAGAAAAUUUAGAAAAUCUGAUUCUUAAUGCAAAUAAUCUCUCUGGUGAGUUACCGGUGGAGCUUAAAAGUCUAUCCAAUUUGACGGAACUUCGAUUAACUAGUAACAACUUCAAUGGAAGAAUCCCCAGCCUUGAAAGCUGGAAACAGCUUAGCAAACUAGAGAUGAUUGGUAGUGGGCUGGAGGGACCAAUUCCCGCAAGCAUUUCCCUCUUAAGCAAUUUAGAAGAACUAAGAAUAUCUGAUUUAGGUGGAGACACAUCACUGUUUCCAAAUCUAAGCAGCAUGACAAAAAUGAGAAACUUGGUGUUGAGAAGCUGUAAUAUAACAGGGAAAAUUCCUGAUUAUAUAGCCCAGAUGUCCAACUUGAAGUUUCUAGAUCUGAGUUUUAAUGGUUUAGUUGGGGAUAUACCAAAUCUAAGUGGACUAGGCGAUCUACACACUGUGUUUGUUAGUGGUAACUCCCUCAACGGUAAUUAUCCUCAUUGGCUCACAAAUACAGAUGUCGUAGUAGAUCUUUCCUACAACAACUUUAGUAAAGAAACGGUGCCUCAACAUUGUACUGAAUCUGUGAAUUUAUUCAGAAGUUACGCUGGCGGAAACAACUCUGACCUGGCAAACUGUUUAAGCAGAAUUCCUUGCAUGAAGAACUACAGUUCUGUUCAUAUCAAUUGUGGCGGGAUAGAAGUUACCAUAGGAGACAAGGUUUACCAGGCGGAUGAUAGAGAUCGGGGUGGACCUGCAAGAUUUCAUCCUUCAAACGAUCAUUGGGGAUUCAGUAGCACAGGAAAUGUAUGGAAUGUUAAGAAUUAUCAAUAUACAAUAAAUAAUGUAUCAAGACUCGCUAUGAAAGACUCUGAACUUUACACAACCGCCCGCCUCUCUCCACUAUCUGUCAGUUACUACGGUCGUUGCUUAAAAAAUGGAAGGUACAAGGUGACUCUACAUUUUGCGGAGAUAGUUUUCAGAGAUGAUAAAUCUUACCAGAGUCUUGGAAGGCGUGCUUUUGAUGUUUAUACACAGGGUGCAAUUAAAUUGAAGAAUUUUGAUAUCAAGAAUGAAGCAGGAGGGGUUGAUAAGGCAGUAAUAAGAACAAUAAAAAAUAUUCAUGUAACUAAUGGAACUUUAGAAAUUCGGUUUCAGUAUGCUGGAAAAGGCACAACCGUAGUCCCAAGCCCAGGAGUGUUUGGACCGCUGAUAUCUGCCAUUUCUAUGGAGUUGGAGACCAACUCUGGCAAAACAAGUAUAUUCAUAGUCAUUGGAGCGGUGACUGCAGCUUUGUGCCUCACUCUCAUAGUUGUUGGUAUUGCAUGGCAAAUGGGAUAUAUAGGUGACCAAAUAUCACGAGAAAAAGAUUUAAGGGGGUUGGAUUUGAAUACCGGCAUAUUUACAUAUCGACAGAUCAAAGCUGCUACCAACAACUUUGCGGAUUCAAAUAAACUUGGGGAGGGCGGUUUUGGAUCAGUUUACAAGGGUACACUACUAGAUGGAACUCUAAUUGCUGUGAAGAAACUUUCUUCUAAAUCAAAUCAAGGAAAUCGUGAAUUUGUGAAUGAAGUGGGAAUGAUAGCCGGUAUUCAACACCCUAAUGUGGUAAGGUUACAUGGGUGUUGUGUGGAACGUAACCAACUACUGCUUGUUUAUGAGUACAUGGAGAAUAAUUCUCUUGCACAUGCUCUAUUUGGUAACCAUAAAUCUAAGAUGGAAAUAGAUUUUCCUACAAGACAACGAAUUUGUAUCGGAAUUGCAAAAGGUUUGAAAUUCCUGCAUGAAGAUUCCGUGCUAAGAAUGGUUCAUAGGGACAUUAAAGCAACAAAUGUACUUCUGGAUAGUGACCUUACUCCAAAGAUUUCAGAUUUUGGUUUAGCUAAGCUUAAUGAAGAAGAAAACUCUCACAUCACAACCAGAGUUGCCGGAACUAUAGGAUACAUGGCCCCAGAAUAUGCAUUAAGGGGGCACUUAACCUACAAAGCAGAUGUGUAUAGUUUUGGAGUUUUAUUACUCGAAGUUGUUGCUGGAAAGAUUAAUACGAAACAUCACCCAACUGAGGAAUUUAUUUGUCUUGUUGACUGGGUUGUUUUUCUAAAACAAAAGGGGAGUUUGAUGGACUUGGUGGAUCCAAGACUGGGUUCUGGUUUCAACAAAAAAGAGGCAUUGAGAAUUAUAGAGAUCGCUGUAUUAUGCAUUAACAAAUCCCCAGCUCAUAGGCCUACCAUGUCUGAUGUAGUAAAUAUGCUCGAGGGGAAUAUCGAAAUUAGGGGACCAGAUAUCAAUCUAACUACAUAUGGUGAUGAGUUAAGUUUGCAAGCACUCAAAUUGAAGCUUGAAGAUAUACAGACCCCUUACUUUGGUGAACAAGAGACUUUCACUAACCCGUCAUCUUCUAUCAAAGACCUGUAUCCCAAUAGUCAACUUUCGGAAGAAAGAUGUUGAAUGCCCACGUAAGCACUACUCUUGGAAGCUGAUAAUCAAGAACUUCUGAUGAUCCGAAUUGGGUCGCUUGCACUACAGUUAUUAUGUUUAUUAGUUUAUUAUUGGGCCGAACAAUAUGUUUAUUUGUUUUAUUUCGAAUUUGGCCGUAGGCCAACAUAAUGUUAAUGGGUCCAAUAUAGAAUCCAUUAGGUUAUGUUUUUAGAUUGGGCUUAUACUUGAAAAGGUGCGUGCAAGGGAUAUAACUACCGAACUGUUUCCAGGAUAUCGGCACAUCCCUUCAUGUAAUCGACAUAUCCCUUCAACAUACCUAUUCAUCAAGUAUAAAUAGGGUUUCAAGUUUCAAACUUUGUAUGCAAGUUUCGUUGAUAAACAAGUUGCAAGUUCAAGUUCCUCUUUCGUUUAA